AAGCGGAAGGUCGAGGUGGUGUCACCGGCCACGCCCGUCCCCACCCCCAGCGAGACCUCGCAGGCGUCCGUGUUCCCCCAGAACGGCUCAGCGCGCCGGGCGGUGGCGGCUCAGCCGGGCCGGAAGAGGAAAUCGGCGUGUCUGGGGACAGACGAGGACUCGCAGGACUCGUCGGACGGAGCCCCCUCGGCGCCCAGGAUGACCGGGAGCCUGGUGUCGGACCGGAGCCACGACGACAUCGUCACCAGGAUGAAAAACAUCGAGUGCAUCGAGCUGGGCCGGCACCGCCUCAAGCCCUGGUACUUCUCUCCGUACCCGCAGGAGCUGACGGGGCUGCCCGUGCUCUACCUGUGCGAGUUCUGCCUCAAGUACGGGCACAGCCUGCGCUGCCUGCAGAGACACCUG